AUGGCUCCAGAAGUAUUGCGUGGGAAGCCAUAUACUAAAGCUGCUGAUAUUUAUUCUUUUGGAAUUAUUAUGUGGGAACUUACAUCUGAUAUUUGUAAAGGAUUGAGACCCAAAAUUGUUGAAAGCACAUUACCUAUAUAUGAAAGAUUAAUGAAGAGGUGUUUGAAUUCUGAUCCUAAUAAAAGACCAACAGCUGAUGAAUUAGUAGAAAUCCUUUCUAUUUGGAUUUAUUAUUAUCUAAAACGUGGUAAAAAAAUUGAAAUACCAAUUCCUAACAACGAACCUAUUACUAAAAAUCAUCCAUUAUCUUGUUAUACAAGCAAAAAAAUCAAUUAUUCUGCGAAGCUAAAUGAAAUAUUAACACAGGAAGAAUUAAGCACUAAAAUUGUAGUAUACGAAGAAAAAUUAUUAAGUGAAAGUUUAGAAACUUGUAUGAUUUUAGAUUAG